UUGAUGGAGAACAUUUCAGAAGUGACUGAAUUUAUCCUCAUGGGGUUAACAGAUGUUCUGGAGUUGCAGGUCCCUAUGUUUAUAAUUUUCACUCUCAUUUACUUCACUACUCUGGUUGGGAACCUUGGGUUGAUAGUGUUGAUUCUGUUGGACUCUCGGCUGCACACUCCCAUGUACUUUUUUCUCAGUAACCUCUCCCUGGUGGACUGUGUUUAUGCCUCAGCUGUAACCCCCAAGGUAAUGGUAGGGUUUCUCCCAGGAGAUAAGAUGAUAUCCUACAAUGCAUGUGCUUUCCAGAUGUUCUUCUUUGCAGCCUUUGCCACUAUUGAAAGUUUCCUUUUGGCCUCCAUGGCCUUUGACCGUCAUAUAGCAGUGUGUAAACCCCUGCACUACACCACCACCAUGACAAGUGCUGUGUGUCUCCUACUGGUCACUGGCUCCUACAUCUCAGGACUUUUGCAAUCCUCCAUCCAUGUCAGUUUGACUUUCCAUCUCUCCUUCUGUCAUUCUAAUGUGGUUAAUCACUUUUUCUGUGACAUCCCCCCACUGCUGGCACUUUCUUGCUCUGAUACAUACACAAAUGAGAUUGUACUCUUUACAUUGGCAGCUUUCAAUGUCUUUUUCACUCUCUUGGUUAUCUUAAACUCUUAUCUGCUCAUUUCUGUGGCAAUCUUGAAGAUGAAUUCAGCUGAGGGACAGAAGAAGGCCUUUUCCACCUGUGCUUCCCACCUCAUCACUGUUUCCAUUUUCUAUGGCACAAUCAUCUUCAUGUACCUACAGCCAAAUUCUGGUCAUUCCAUGGACACAGAUAAAAUGGCAUCUGUGUUCUACACUCUGGUCAUCCCCAUGCUGAACCCCCUGGUCUACAGCCUGAGGAAUAAAGAGGUCAAGCGUGCAUUCACAAAGAUUGUUGGAAAAGCAAGGUCUUCUUCAUUCAGCUUACCCUGUUAA